AAUUGAAGGUCUGAAGAAAGAGUUUGAGGAAGGAGGUCUAGUACUGGGAGUACCAGAUGAUGCGACGGUGAUGACCAGACCUUUCAUUGUGGAAACGGACGCAGGGUCGACUGCUUUAAGAGGUGUGUUGAUUCAAAGAGAUCUCAAUGGAGAAGAGCGACCGCUAAGAUACUACCUCUUUGGCAGCAGGUUUGUGUUGAGGGUGGACCCUACUACUCUAGCUGGGUCCCUCAAGAACUUCGCUCCUUCAUAUCCGACCAUCGCCAGAUGGCUAACGUACAUCAGGAUAUUCGACUUCGAGUUGGAGCGAAUUCCGAAGAACAAGAAUAGAGCGGACGGGCUGAGUCGAGUCGACUGGGACAAGAACAACCAAGGACUGAUCGAGGAUACUCCACCAGUCAACGGGUUCCUGAACAGUGAGGAGGAUGUGAGACUUCACAUCAACUCCUGGUCAUUGACCGUGGGUAACUAUGUUACUCCUGGGCGACCUGUGUGGCUUGCGCCACCAGGGCACAUACGACGACCAGACCUAGUCCUCAAACCCUAUGUAGAAGAAGACUCUCGGGGAAUGUCAGGCGUGGAUUGGAUGAUGGAGUUGGCUUUAGCAGGCAAAUACCAGCUACAUGAGGACUUGCUCACGAUUGACUAUAGGGCGCUGCAGGUGGGCAAGCACGAGAAAGUGAUAGGUAGGGUGUAUCUGUUGGCAAAUGCGCUGCUGCAGGAAGAGGCGGUCAGGAAUACGGUGCUAGAUCAGGAAGAGGUGGUAGAGCAGGAAGAGGGUGAUAAUGUGAUUCACGAAAGAGAAGACGUCGAUUUUGAAGAGGGAGAGAUUAAGGAAGCGUUUCUAGCAGAGGAAUAUGAAGGAGUAUACCUUGAACUCGGAAUGCUUCUGUCAUGUGAAAUGAGGGAAAGGGACGUUUGCGGAAGAGUUCUGAAGAUGAGGCCAAGCUUUCUAGUAAGGGAUGGCCAUUUGUUCAUGAGAAGCAAAAGGAAGGCUCCCAGAAGAGUAGUCAGCGGCGUCGCUCGCCAGAUUGACGUUAUGGCAACACUACACGAUGGUACGGGGGGUGGCCACAGAAGCACUGAUACGACUCACCUCAAGAUAUACGAGCUGUACUAUUGGAAUGGCAUGGGACAGAUGAUCGACGACAACUGUAAGUUAUGCGUACCAUGCCAGGAGCGAUCCUCUAUUAGACCUAGGGAGUCGCUGUCAUACCAAAUACCCUUAAAAGGGUAUUGGGCGUGGUUUGUGCAAGUCGCGAAGUGCGACGUCGCCCACCUGACGGCGUGCGCGUGAGCGAAAGCAUAGGUUCUUGUCAGGAUGAGAGGAGCGCGUGGCGGCGUGGGGUAUUAACGGUGAGGCGCAACUGUGCGCU